CCCGUGUGUAUGUGGGGAAUCUUUUUCGAUAUAUUUUUUUAAUUCUUGUUUUCGUUUUGUCAGCAAUCAUAUUCGCAAUUGCAAUUCGCAAUUGCAUAGAGCACUUGGGAGUUGGGGCAACGAGUCGUUCAGAAAUCAAAGGAAUAUUUGGAAGAUUUAUGAUGCUUCUUGAGAUUCGCCUACUGCUGUUUCAGCUCACGUGAAGCCCAGAUUUUCCAGAAACGGUCUGCUUUUCUUUUUUUGUUUUUUUCCAUUGAAUUUCCUGCUCCGGCAGUGGAUUUGUUCCCCUUUCCUGCGCCUGGUAUAAAUGGGUUCAUCGGAGAACACAAAUUGGCUGUACGAUUACGGGUUUGAAGACAUCCCAGCUCCCGGCGGCGCCUUAUCGGCUCCGGGGGGUUCUGGAUUUUCUUGGCCCUCUCAAGCCUUGAAUGGCUCGUCGAAUGUCAGUGUGGAAUUGGAUGGAGCAUUAGAUGAAUCACAAGUGCCGAAGGAAACAGGCUUGAAAAAACGUGCUAGAACUGAAACAUGUGCACCGUUAGGCUCUAAAGCCUGCAGAGAGAAACAACGAAGAGAUAGGCUAAAUGACAGGUUUAUGGAGCUGGGUGCUCUUCUUGAACCCAGUAGGCCUCCCAAAACAGAUAAGUCUGCUAUUUUGGUUGAUGCUGUUCGUAUGGUAAUGCAGCUAAGAGGUGAAGCUCAGAAACUCAAAGACUCAAAUUUGAAUCUCCAGGAGAAAAUUAAAGAGCUUAAGGCUGAGAAAAAUGAGCUUCGUGAUGAGAAGCAAAGGUUAAAGGUUGAGAAGGAGAAGCUUGAGCAGCAGUUGAAGACAUUAAAUGUUCCCCAACCUGGCUUUUUGCCCGCACCUCCUGCCAUGCCUGCUGCAUUUUCUGCACAAAGCCAAGCUCGAAACAACAAGCUGGUGCCGAUUAUCGGUUACCCUGGCGUUGCCAUGUGGCAGUUCAUGCCUCCUGCAGCUGUUGAUACAUCUCAGGACCAUGCACUGCACCCACCAGUUGCCUAAGUUGGAAGCUACAAAUCCUGGGGUUGUAUUUUUCGCUCAUUCAUUUCUGUCUGCUUUUUACAUGAUUUUCCUAUGCUGUUGACUUUAUAUUAGUUUUUGUUAAUGUGCCUAACUCGGAUAUUGUCGAUUGUGAUUGGUGUGAACUGUGCAAUUUAGUUUGUUUUGGCUUUUCAAUGUAAUGUUUAACUGUUUUAUAA